CUGGAGGAGAAGGAGAAGGAAGAGGAGGAGGAGAAUCAGAAGGAGAAAGAGAAGGAGGGGGAGGAAGAGCAGAAGGAGGAGGAGAAGAAGAACGAGAAGGAGGAGGAGAAGGAGGAAAAGAAGAAGGAGAAUAAAUUGGAGGAGAAAAAUAAGAAGAAGGGAGAGGAGGAGAAGGAGGAUUAGAAGGAGGAAGAGAAGGAGGGAAACGAGGAGGAGCAGAAUUGA